CUCCUGCUGCUAGCGCUGUUAGCUCCAUCAGUUAGCCACCACAGGCGCGUCACUGGAUACAUUCAAAACUUUGGCUCUACCGACAAAGCCAUGGGGAAGAAACACAAGAAACACAAACCGGAAUGGAUGACAGUUGGCGACUACGAGGGCAAAGCUCUUGAGAAGCCCCUGAAGAUCAAACUCAAAGUUGGAGGAAGUGAGGUGACAGAGCUUUCUGGUUCAGGUCAUGAUUCCAGUUACUAUGAUGACAGGUCAGACCAUGAGCGAGAACGUCACAAAGACAAGAAGAAAAAGAAGAAGAAAAAAUCUGAAAAAGAUAAAGACAAAUAUGUAGAUGAUGAGGACAGAAGGAGACGGAAGGAGGAAAAAAGGAAGAAGAGAGAACGAGAGCACAAUGAAUCAGAAGCAGCAGCAGCAGCAGCAGCAGCAGCAGCUGCAACUGAUGCAAGUGUUGGGGUGCCUGUUGAACCGUUUACACUGCCAAAAAACAUAAAUAUUGGAUUAGAGCCCGAGGAGAAGAAAAAGAAAAAAGAAAGGUACGAGUUAGAGCCUGAAGAAGAAGAAGAAGAUUUUGCCACUGGUGUGAAGAUGGAAGUGGAACAGCAAGGAGACAGGCCAGUUAGAGCAUGCCGCACACAACAAGAGUCUGAGUCCACUCCACGUCAACAACUAUUGGAGCACUUUUUGAGGCAGUUGCAGAGGAAAGAUGCACAUGGAUUCUUUGCAUUUCCAGUAACAGAUGCAAUUGCUCCUGGAUACUCGUCAAUCAUCAAACAUCCUAUGGACUUCAGCACCAUGAAAGACAAGAUUAGCGAUAAUGAAUACAAUACAGUAACAGAAUUCAAGGCGGACUUUAAACUGAUGUGUGAUAAUGCGAUGGUAUACAACCGACCAGAGACGGUCUACUACAAGGCUGCCAAGAAACUGCUCCAUACAGGAUUCAAGAUGAUGAGCAAGGAGCGACUUUUGGCUCUUAAGCGUAGCAUGUCUUUCAUGCAGGACAUGGAUUUCACCCAGCAGGCUGCCAUUUUAGGAGAUGAAGACCUAUUAACUGAUCUCCCUCCUCCAGAAACAACCCCCAUCCCUACAGAGUCUGCAAAAAAGUCAAGAAAACAACCAGUUAAAGACAUGAAGGAAGUCAUCAGUUACCUGUUUGAACCAGAGGGAAACGCUUGCAGCUUGACUGACAGCACAGCAGAGGAGCAUGUUCUGGCUCUGGUUGAACAUUCAGCUGAUGAAGCUCGGGACCGCAUCAAUAGAUAUAUGCCAAAUUCGAAGAUGGGUCACCUGCGUAAAGAAACAGAUGGGUCUCUUCUGUAUACUGUUGUAAAUCAGCUUGAUCCUGAUGCAGAAGAAGAGGAGACCCAUAAGGUGGACCUGAGUUCUCUGUCAAAUAAGCUUUUACCUGGAUUAACAACAUUGGGAUUUAAAGAUGACAGGAGACAUAAAGUGACUUUCCUUAGCAGUGCCUACAACACCCAGAGCCUUCAGAAGAACAACGUCUUCCCCGACCUGCAGUCCGAUGAGAUGGACAUGCUUUAUGCAGCCUAUGGGGAUGACACUGGGGUGCAGUGUGCUCUAAGUAUACAGGACUUUGUCAAAGGCUGUGGAAGUGUCACUAAGCGUUGGGUCGAUGGACUUCUGGACAAGAUGACAGCUAGCGAUCACUCAAAAGCAGUCAAUCAGAUUCGACAGAAAAGAAACAUAUUGCUGAAACCUGAUGAAUCAAAGUCCAGCAUCUGUGACAUGCAGAUGUCAGAUGGGACUGGCCUGGGAGAGAGCAGUUCAGUGCUGGAUUUCAUGUCGAUGAAGAACUACCCAGACAUGUCUCUGGAUAUUUCCAUGCUUAAUCCAUUAGGUAAAACUGUGAAAAAAGAGCCAGGGAACGAGGAAGGCCACCAGCACUUUGAUGAUGCUGAUAAACUCCUCCAGGAGUUCCAGGAGGCUCAGGUUGACAGAGUUUGCUCCAGGCCUUCAUCAAAUCUGUCUUCUCUUUCCAAUGCCUCAGAAAGGGACCAGCACCAUUUAGGGAGCCCGUCACACUUGGGUGUUGGGGACCAGUCUGAAAUGGUUCAUGAUCCCUAUGAGUUCCUGCAGUCUCCCGAACCAGAGGGGACGGCUAUUAGCUGAUCACACAAAAACCCAUUUCUGGUGCUAGCAGCACUGGAUACUCAGUGUGGGACUCGUUAAACACUGAGGAUGUGACAAGAUCCCAGAUCUGUUUCAAAGACUGAAAUUGAUUGUACAGACUGUAUUAUUGUUGUUAUUAUUAUUAUUAUUAUUAUUCUAUGAUUUUUGUAUCAGGGCAACUGUUGAAUAAUAAAAGCUGGCACCUGUAUUCUUA